CUGGGCCCUCUAAAUUCUUUCCGAGCUGGCACCAAGCACCAUGGGACCCUGGCUGGCUCGUGAAGAGCAGGAAAUCCAAUGUUGAAGGCUGGGCUUUGAACUCCUGGGUGAGGCUGGAUUGCAGGCCUUUACACCGCUUAUAAAUCACCGGCCACUUAAAAAGGUGGUGUUUUAAAAGAGGACAAGGUGACAGCAGACGUGGGUCUCACCCCACAAUGAGCAUCUGACACUUUGGGAAGGCAAAGCUCAAAGGAACAAGAGCAAGACAGCACCUGGCUGUGAACUCGGAGCCUGUGCUUCUCCAUCGGAAGAAAGAGGCUGCCUGGUCUCUCGGACGUGCCUGGGCGACAGGUGGCCCUGUGGGAGAAGCUUCAGCACACUCGGGGACCCAGGAGGCUGGCACUCUGCCUGGCCUCAACCACAGCCCAGGAAGCAUGGCUGAUGCCUCAAAGGAGGGGAAACUGACCCGAUUCCUGGACUUUGCGCAGCUGGUGGACAUGGCCUCCGAGUCCGUGGGAGGAAAGAUUUUAUUUUCAACAGACGACUUCUUUGCUCCUGCAGAAAACCUCAUAAAGAGCGACGACCCAAGCUUUAAAGAGCACGAGUACACAGAGUUUGGGAAAUGGAUGGACGGAUGGGAGACCAGGAGGAGACGGACCGCAGGUCACGACUGGUGUGUCAUCAGCCUGGGGAUUCAGGGGAUCAUCCGCGGCUUCGACGUGGACACCUCUUACUUCUCAGGAAGUCAUGCCCCUCGCAUGUCCAUCCAGGCAGCCAACCUGGAGAAAGAUAAACUGCCAGAAAUCCCACAGAGAGGGGUCCGGACAGGAGCCGCAGCCACCCCUGAAGAGUUUGCAGCCAUUGCACAGCUGAAAUCUGACGAUUGGAAUUCCCUGGUUCCUAUGACGGAGCUUAAGCCAGGAAGCACUGCUUCCAGCCACAACUACUUCCUGGUCAACUCCCAGCAGAGGUGGACUCACGUGAGACUCAACAUCUUCCCAGAUGGGGGGAUUGCGCGCCUUAGAGUAUAUGGUACUGGACAGAAGGACUGGGCUGCAACCGAUCCCAAAGAUCCGGUAGACCUGGUGGCCAUUGCCUUUGGGGGUGUCUGUGUAGGAUUCAGCAAUGCACAUUUUGGGCACCCAAACAAUAUGAUAGGAGUUGGUGGGCCCAAGUCCAUGGCAGAUGGCUGGGAGACUGCGAGACGGCUGGACAGGCCCCCGGUGUUGGAAAAUGACAAGAAUGGCCUUCUCCAGGUUCAGGGUUGUGAGUGGGCAGUUUUCCGGCUGGCACAUCCUGGAGUCAUAACUCAAAUUGAAAUCGACACCAAGUAUUUCAAAGGCAAUUCUCCCGACAGCUGCAAAGUGGACGGGUGCAUCCUGACCACCCAGGAAGAAGAAGACAUGGUCAACAAAAAGUGGAUCCUUCCAGCCCAUAAAUGGAAGCCCCUUCUCCCCAUCACCAAGUUGUCCCCCAACCAAAACCACCUGUUCGACAGCCUGACCCUGGAGCUCCAAGACGUCAUCACUCACGCCAGGUUCACCAUCUUCCCGGAUGGAGGCGUGAGCCGCCUUCGACUCAAGGGCUUCCCCAGCUCCAUCUGCCUGCUGCGGCCCCGGGGGGACCCCAGGAUGAGGUUCUCAGUUAAAACGGGUUUUAAGGCAAACCUUUAACCAUGUGCAAAACACUCAUUUCUACACAGCAAUAACUGCCCACUUGAGGUCUUUCCGAGGCUGUCAACACCUGGUGGCUGAAUAAAGUGGUCACCGCACCAAGCAGC